AUAAUCGCUAUUUAUUGUUUUAGAACGUCUCUUUAAAUGGUUGUUAACAAAGAGUGAACCUCUUUUGGUUGAGAUUUUAAGCGGCAAAUGGACCUCAGGCCGAGGCUUCGACAAUCCUUCUCCGGCUUCACCAAAUCCGAGGUUCAGAAAAUGGAGUGGUUGCUUGAUAGUCAUAAAGAGCAAACUUUGGAAGAUGAGUUCUGUAAGAAAUUAGCAAGACUUUUCAAUCGUGUGAAAGGUCGUGCUGGAAAACCAGUUGUAAAGUGGACUGAGGUUCAGAGUUGGUUUCAGAAAAAUCAACAGCACGGCCACUAUAGAGAGGCUUCGUUUGAUGAAGCUAACAAGUUACCUGAUGUCCCAGAAACUCUCACUCAGAACAAAGCAAAUGGAAAUGCGAAGAUGCCUGAGGGAAUCGAGGAUGCAGAUAUAUCUAGGUUGGAGUUUGAAGCGAGGUCCUCGAAGGAUAGAGCAUGGUAUGACAUUGAUACAUUUCUUUCCCAUAGAUUUCUCAGUUCUGGGGAACCUGAAGUCCUUGUAAGGUUUGUUGGGUUUGGAGCUGAGGAAGAUGAAUGGGUGAAUGCACGAGAUUCUGUGAGGGUGCGGUCUGUUGCUUUGGAGCAUACGGAAUGCCAAAAUGUAAAGGUUGGGGAUCUAGUAGUGUGCUUCCAGGAGAGACAGGAUCAAGCAAGAUAUUACGAUGCUCGUGUACUCGAAAUUCAAAGGAGAUGGCAUGAUAUAAGAGGUUGCAGAUGCCUUUUCUUGAUUAGAUACGAACAUGAUAAUACAGAGGAAAGGGUCCGUUUCAGGAGAUUAUGUUGCCGGCCUACCAUAGUCGCGAAGUAGAAGUAAUAGUAGCUCCCUUGAAGAAUAUGUCCGGGUUUACAUACAUCAAGAUUGAAAAGUUUGAGUCGUCGUGCAUUCCACCUUUAUUUUCGUGUUCUGGGCUGCACUGUCUAUCGCGUCCAAGGCUCGUAUUAGUUCAACUUGGUAGUGAUGAUUAUGAUCUUUUCUUAUGUGACGUUUACAAGUUGGUUCACAGAAUUCUAAAGAAAAUGUUGAAAGAAUGAACAAUAUUUACAUCGUUUAGUUUGGAAUUCAGUCUCAUCGACUGUGUUAGGAACUUAGGAAUAUUGCAAAUAUUUUUUCUCGAGGCACACUCUUGUCCUA